ACGCAAGAGUUUAGACACUGUGAUUGCAAAAAACCCCUCGAGAAACCUUCUUCGUCUUAUCUCUCUGUCUCCCUCUCUCUCUCUGCUAUUCUGGGUUCGUAAACCCAAAACCCAAAUAGAUGGAAGACUACACUCUCGUGGUGAGGAAGUCCUGCUUUGGUCUCCCUACAGCUUGCCCUUCAAGCCUCCCUGUCUACUUCUACCUCAAAUUCGCUAACCUUCCCUUUCAAUUGGACUAUAAUCUCACCUACCCUGAUUCCGAUAUGAUUCCGUAUGUUGAAUCAUCGGGUGAGGGUGAGUAUGUGGCGUAUAACAAUGAGAAGGGUGGUGUCAUUGCGAGACUAAAAGAAGAUGGCAUUGUGGAUUUGGACAAUGAAUUUGAGUUGGUCUCAGAAUGGAUAUCUAUGAAGGCAAUGGUUAGCAGCUGGCUUGCUGAUGCACUCAAGUAUGAGCUCUGGGUGGGAACCGAUGGUGCUGCUGCGCAAAGUAUAUAUUGUUCUGAUCUUCCGUGGCCUAUAGGAAAAGUUUUGUUUUUGAAGCAAGUGUACUAUGUGAAGCAGCAAUUUGGGAUUACUAAGGACAAUGCUGACAAUAUCGAAGAACAGAUAUACAAGCGAGCCAGCGUUGCGUUUGGAGCUCUGUCUAGUAGAUUGGCGGAUCAGAUGUUUUUAUAUGAAAACAGGCCAUCAAGUCUGGAUGCAGUCUUUUUGAGCCAGGCACUUAUCACUCUUCAAGCAUUACCAGAAACAUCAAUUCUGCGAAGCAAGCUCUUAGAACAUGAGAACCUUGUUGGGUAUGCCAGUAGGAUAAAUAUGGAGUUAGUUGAUGUGGGUGCUUCAUCUGCAGUCCCAAACUUCCAUGCAAAUCCUUCAUCAUCAGCUCCAAGAAAAGGUCCUUCAAACUGGCGUUCUAGACCCAAGACUAAACCCAAGGGAAAAACAAAGGAGGAGAAAGAUUUUAAGAGAAGGGCGAAAUAUUUUUUGGUAGCGCAGCUGGUUUCGGUUGUAGUAUUUGUCACUCUCAUGAGUCAUGUUGAUGGGCUUGAAGUUGAGCUUGAUGAUGAUGAUGAAGGCUUUGAUCACGUUGAAUAGAAACAAGGUUUAUCCUUUUGUCUGAUUUUGUAUUCUCUACACCAGCAUUUUUGGCCCCGUAGCAUGAGGUCUGAAGAGUUUUCCUGUAAUCCUUUUUGUAGUUUGUUUAAGGUUAUAAAUAUUUGAAAAUAAACAUCAUUACAUCGUAUGAUUUAUUUAUUGGGAACAUCAAGUUAGAAACCUGGAAUUGAGGGUUGGAAGAU